AUGCCAAACCGUGAAGAUCCUCAACCGAAGCAUCACAGCCCAGGUCACGAUGGCGGCGGCGAGUUACACUCGAAAGAAUGCUACGCCCUACGACUUGGCAUACCGGCAAACUGCUCCAAUAGGACCAUUUUAGGCAACCCACCUAACGUCAUUGCCAUACACGAUCCGCCGAAGCCUCACCAUAACGUCGACUGCAUCCUGACAACAGACACGCCACGCAGUCACCACCAACACCCCUUAAGACCCAAGCAACCCCCGAAGCCCGGUCAAUUUCCAUCGAGCCAAAAAAAAAAGGCCUGCGCCGGCAACAGCAUCCGCUCGGAUCUCCCCAUCCCAAAGAACAUCAGCUGGGCAGUCAUCCCCGGCCGCAACAUCUCAGCAGCCCCGAUGGUGGCCUGCUGUUCGCCGAAUCCCGUCCAGCUCAUCGACAACUGCUACGAGUGGUGCGAACUGCCGGAGAAGUACGAGAGGGACGAGGCCAGGGCGCUUGCCGCUUUCAGGAGUUGCCUGUCGGUCAACGACCGGAACCUGUCCAUCUCCAACAUCCUCGGACUGAACAUCGCCGACAGCGCCGCGGCGAGGCCCGUCGUUACGAUGGCGGGGCUCGGAAUAUGGGGGCUGCUCGCCUCGGCGUUUCUGGUGCUGACUUGA